AAGAAGCCGCCGUCCUGGAUCUCUCCCCAGAAUCGGGGGGAUCUGUGGAUCGAAGAGAUCGUAGACCGACACGUCGUCAACAUAACACCAGCAAUUAUCGUCCAAAUUACAUGGUAGGUGGUAGAUUUGAGAGCAACUUGAACGUCGGCGAUCCUGGGCCGAGUUCAUCUAGAAGUACGAUGCCGCGGAAUGAAUCCCGACAGGCGGGCAAGCGACCGUUGAGGGCUCUCACGCCCCAAGAAAAAAUAGACGCCAUUAAUCGAGUACAUAAUGGAGAAUCGAAGGCUGCUGUGGCACGCGAUAUUGGUGUGCCAGAGUCAACUCUGAGAGGAUGGUGUAAGGCGGAAGAAAAAAUAAUAUCUCAAGUGAAUAAUAUAAAAACUUCGGGAACAACACUGUCGGGAACAUCGUUGGCAGGUUACGAGCAUAUUCUAACAUCAAGUUCCGACAACAGUAACAAUAGUGGAGCGGGUGGUUCUUCAUCAAGAUCGACACCAACGGCCCAAGCCACGAUGUUGGGAUUACCAGUAUCGACUUCUGGAGUUACCGAGAGAGCUGAGGAGUUUGAAGCCGGUCCGUCCCAGAAAAGAAUAAAACUCGAGAAUAGUUCUUCCGGCAGCAUGAUGCCCAAUAAUAUCUCAACAUCGGCUCGAGCACCAAUAGUCAGUGACACUAUGUUUUCUCCGUAUUUAUACAAUAUGAUAUCGGGCGAUCUAAACAAGGCAGCAGCCUUGUUAAACUCAUUUACGACGAAGCCUGCGGAUUAUUUUCAUUUAGCUGGAUACUCGACUACUAUGAAUUUUAUUAAUGAUCUGGCUAGGAACAACGGCACGGUGAACAAUACGACGUUAGCGCUGAAUGUGCUAAAACAGCACCAGCAACUGCAACAAACUAAUAACACGCUACCAAACGGGAAUAAAAAAAAACAUAGUGCCCCAGGACUCACGUCAACCAUGGACAUCCCGAAACCAUCAUCGAGGACACAGAACAAUCAAUCACCGAAUAUGGAAAAAUCGUCCGGGAGCGUCUCUCAAUUCAACUAUGAAAACUCUAUGCCAUCAACGUCGACUAGCAGCAGUGAUCCAGUCGCAAACGUUCCUCAAUCAAAAACAUCCAGAAACAGUAAAAGUCUUACUAGUAUAAUAGAUAGUCUUCACCAUCCAUAUGUACCACCUCCAAAUAGCGUAAAAGGAGUGACAUUUGAUGCCGUAAAUAAUAAUAACAAUGAUGACGAUAUGGAUAACGAGACUGCGAGACAAAAUUACCCCGAUGCCUUGCCACCGGGAUGCAACGAAAUGGUGAAGUAUUGCGACAAAUUGUUAGAUUGGUUGCACCGUCACGGUUCGCCUGUAAGUACAAUGAAACAAGUGGGUCACAUACAACGCAUUUCGACACGUUUACAAGAUUGGAUCCAGAAGUCAAAAAAGGGAUUCCCUCAAAGAAUUAACGGUACGAGCUAG